AUGUCUACAUACAACAACGACGAUUCCAACGACACCACUGGCCGCCGCGGUGCCCCUUCUAGCGCAGAUGAUUCGUUCGCAAAUACCACAGGCGGUUUCGGGAAUGAGAGCCGCGGCAAUAACACCAGCGCCCGAGGCGUUGGAGGCACCGGCACAUUUGACGAUCAGGAUUCUGGAGCAUAUGGAGGAUCUUCUACUCAAGAAAGCCGCGGUUUCAACACCGGAAACUCUGGAGGACUGAGAGACAACGAGUUUGGCUCAAGCAACUCUAAGUAUGGAGGAGAUCUCGGCGAUGACACCAAUAACUUCGGAACUGGUAGAAGUGAACGAACUUCAGGAUUAGGUGACAAUGCCUCUUCUGGCUUUGGAAAUACUUCAACCUCCCGCUCUGGCUACGAUGAUAACACUUCGUCUGGUUUUAAAGAUUCGGGAAUUGGUGGAGCUUCCUCAGGUUAUGGAGACAACACCUCUUCAGGUCUUGGAAACUCUUCUACUUCUCGUUCUGGAUAUGGAGGAGACGAGUCAACUGGUUUGGAUAGUUCAAGAUCAGGCUAUGGAGACAAUACCUCUUCUGGAUUCGGUGAUAAGACCUCUACUGGCUACGGAGAUAGCGCUUCGAAAUCAGGCUAUGGAGACAACACCUCCUCUGGAUAUGGCGACAACCCUACCUCUACUCUCGACUCCUCUCGCACCGGAUAUGGUGAGAAUACAUCCAGCGGCAUCAGUGGAAACACCGACUCAUAUGAUUCCAACAAGACCCGCUCCGGUAAUGCCUACGGUUCCUCUGACAACACUGGCUCGCGCGAUUAUGAUAACACCUCAAGCUCUAACACUGGAAAGACUGGUGAUUCCACCAUGGGCAAGAUCAUGGAGAAAGCUGGACACGCGCUUCACAAGGAGAAUUUGGUCGAGAAGGGCGAGGCUAAGCGUGCCGCGGCUGGAAGUGAUGAUUACUAA